AUGGUAGUGUGUUGUUAUUCCGGUUGCGCUAAUCGUUCAGAGUUUGCAAGUAAAGAAUCUGGCAUAACGUACCACCACUUUCCCCGAGACGAGUCGUUACGAUUGCAAUGGGUGAAUGCGAUCGGGAGACCGGAUUGGGUGCCAACGAAGUACAGCCGAGUGUGCUCAAAACACUUCAGGAACGAGGACUUCGACAGAACGUCGCUAACACGCGUGCGCCUGCGGGAGGGUUCCGUUCCUGUCGCACAUCCGUCGGUUCAAGUUCACCAGGAGGAGCAUGACUUGCCAGCCAGACGGGAACCUAGCGGGCAAGAACCAAUAGGCGUGUGCACGCCUGAACCCGGCACGAGCAACGUGAGCCUGCCUGAGCCUGACACACAGGAGGAGAUUGAAGUGAGCAUGGCGUCUGGAUCUGACACUCAAGAGCCAAUGGAUGUGGGCCUGCUCGAACCAAAGACACCAGAGCGAAUCCAUGUAGACAGAACUACAAGCACACCUCUUGCGUCUGCUGUGUCCAGCCCCACACCAGCCAAGGCUUCCAGCAGUAUCAGUUCCGACACACCAGGGCGAUUUGAACAGUCGCGCACGGGCUCUUCCGCUUGUCUGUUCACAAGCUUGACUCCGAACACUAGCAGGCCUGACCCCAUGGACACAACCCCCAGUGGCUCAACUCCAAGCACCAGCAGAUGUGAACCUUUGGUAAGAAUUAUACUCGACGUGGAAAAGAAUUGCAUGUUCAUAACUAAUACGUUAAGAUUCCACUGUAGGUGCUGACUGCACCAUUCAAGUAUAUGUUCCAGGAGCAGGCUUUCAAAUACCUUAUUUCAUACAGUACAGGUGCAUAAGGGAAAACCAGUUAGACUU